AUUUUUUAUGUUCCUUGUGGGGAGUAAAGAAAUACAUACUGACCAAACUGAAUAGACUACCCAGAUCUAAUUUUACUGAACAUGUCUAAACUACAGAUGUUGUGUGUGUUUUUAAAUGAGCGUUUAACGGCGGCUGCUGUGGAUAUUUUUGGGGCAGUUGAGAAAACGGUAGUAGAGUACCAGGAGGAGAAUGAUCGGCUACGGAGACUUCUGCGGAGGACACCAGAGAUACAACUAUGUAGAAUAGUCCCUCCAGAAUCCCUGCAGCUCUCUGUCUCUGAAGAGGAGGUUCCCCCUGAGCAGCAGCACUGUGAGCAGGAGUGGAGCCCCAGUCUGGGACAGGAGGACCCAGAGACCAUACAGAUUAAAGAGGAACAGGAGGAAGUCAGGACCAGUCAGGAGGAAGAGCAGCUUCAAGGGUUGGAGCCUGAUGUCAUAGAGUUCAUAUUUACUCCUUCCUGUGUGAAAAGUGAAUGUGAUCAGGAGGACCCACGUCAAGAAGCCGUACUUGCUGAACACCCAACUCUCAGUCCACUGAAAACAUCUAAACUACAGUCGUUUCAAGAGUUUUUAAAUGAGCGUUUAACAGCGUUUGCUGCUGUGGAGAUUUCCGGGGAAUUUGCGAAAGCAGUAGCAGAGUACCAGGAAGAGAAUGAUCGGCUACGGAGAAUGCUGCGGAUCACUCCGGAGAUACAACUAUGUAGAAUAGACUCCCUGCAGCUCUCUGUCUCUGAAGAGGAGGUUCCCCCUGAGCAGCAGCACUGUGAGCAGGAGUGGAGCCCCAGUCUGGGACAGGAGGACCCAGAGACCAUACAGAUUAAAGAGGAACAGGAGGAAGUCAGGACCAGUCAGGAGGAAGAGCAGUUUCAAGGGCUCUUUGAUACCAAAGACUCCAUAUUCACUCCUUCCUGUUUGAAAAGUGAAUGUGAUCUGGAGGACCCACUUCAGUCCUUGACUCUUCCCCAAACCCAGACUGUGGAGAACAGAGAGAGUCACUCUAAACCAGUGGAUCUCAAGCCUCUGUCCAGGCACAUGAGGAUUCACACAGGAGAGAAGGCAUUUAUCUGUGGUGAUUGUGGGAAAAGCUUUAUUCGCAAGGCACACCUAACCAGGCAUAAACUGACUCACACAGGAGAGAAACCAUUCACCUGUGGUGACUGUGGGAAAAGCUUCCGUCUCAAAGGGAACCUAACCACUCACAAACUGACUCACACCAGAGAGAAAUCAUUUAUCUGUGGUGACUGUGGGAAAAGCUUCCGUCUCAAAGGGAACCUAACCACUCACAAACUGACUCACACAGGAGAGAAACCAUUUAGUUGUGGUGACUGUGGGAAAAGCUUCAAUCGUAAGGUGAGCCUAACUGAACAUAAACUGACUCACACAGGAGAGAAACCAUUUAGCUGUGGUGACUGUGGGAAAAGCUUCAUUCGGAAGGUGCAUCUAACUGAACAUCAACUGACUCACACUGGAGAGAAACCAUUCACCUGUGAUGACUGUGGGAAGAGAUUUAUUCAGAAGAGGGACCUAAGGAGACAUAUACUGAUUCACACAGGAGAGAAACCAUUUAGCUGUGGUGACUGCGGGAAAAGCUUCAAUCGAAAGGGGCACCUUACCAUGCAUAAACUGACUCACACAGGAGAGAAACCAUUCACCUGUGGUGACUGCGGGAAAAGCUUCAAUCGAAAGGGGCACCUAACCAUGCAUAAACUGACUCACACAGGAGAGAAACCAUUUAGCUGUGCUGACUGUGGGAGGAGCUUUAUUCAGAGGAGGGACCUAAGGAGACAUAUACUGAUUCACACAGGAGAGAAACCAUUUAUCUGUGGUGACUGAGGGAAAAACUUCAAUCAGAAACAACAUGGCUGCUUAGUCUGAUAAUAUAUUCAUUCAGAAGACUAAUUUGCUAACACGUGAAAGACAUCCACAAAGAAAGUAAAUGAGGACAGAGAGGGGACUAAGAGAGUAUUGAGAUACACCUGUGGACCAACUCUAGCUGGUCCUCCUGAUCCUGCUCAGUCCAAUGUCACAGUAAUGAUAUAAUGGGGCUGUUGUCUGAACCUAACAGGUAAUGUUGCUACUCUUUGUGUAUGAAAUGGACAAUCUGCAGUUCAGACAACCACCACUUUUUAGGUGAACAACUGAGGGAUGAUGUUGGAGAGUUGUGAACACUCAAUGUUGUAGUCAGAUAUGGAUACAAUAUGUCCAGAUCUGAUGCAGGUUUCCCAAUAGGCGGCCCGUUGGUGGUUUUAUUUGGCCCCCAAGUUUUCUGAGCAAAACUAAUAUAUAGAAUUGUAUUUUUUUUGGUUCGUUGUUGGAUAUUUAUCUUAUUAAUUUAGGGAAUCUGUUCCCAAGUAUUCCCACGUGUAAAUAGAUUUAGUAGUCAAAAGUUUGGA